AUGGGGGUAGGGAAGGGUGUCCACGGCGAAUUGUCACUGAGAGGUGCCGCACAUCCCACCGGAGCGCCCGCAGAACUACUACGACUGCACCAUGAAGCCGCAUCCGCGCGUGCGCCAGGUGCUGUCGUCGCGGACGCAGACGCCGGGGCUGAUCCUCUCGGCAAAGGCAUCAGCGCGACCACAGAGGUCCUGCGGCACCACGGUAAAGGCGUUCUACGAACAGGUGCCCGAGCAGAGCACGGCGUCGGAGCCGAGGACGACGUGGGCGCCUCCUCGCGGCGAGAGGACGAGAGGACCCGCCGACGGAUUCGCCCCAAGCACCCAACGGCCAACCAAACUCCGGUCUCCACGGUCACGGAUCCAAUUCCAAGAAAGGGGAAAAUGUCUACUCCUGGUACAUCUUCGGCUGCUGGAUCUCAAGCUGCAGCUGCUGGUGCAUCUUCGGCUGCUGGAUCUCAAGUGCAAGCUGCCGACGACGUGCGCGAGCUCCUCCUCUCCACCACAGCCGACGCCUCUGACCCGUCCACGCCCCUCUCAGCGCCCGACCUCCGCCUCCUCAUCGACCGCCUACGCCUCCGCUCCGACCGCCUGCACGCCUCGGCCCUCUCCUUCGCUGCCUCUAACCGCGGGGCCCUCGCCAACGCGCUCCUCCGCGCAGCCUCUGCCGCCGAAUCCUCCGCCUUCUUCAAGUCUUCCCUCGACUCCGCGCUUGCCCCGCUCGCCUCCUCGCCCGACCUCUCCGACCUCAGGGCCCUUGCCGACCGCCUCCUCGCCGCCCGCCGCGAGCUCGCCGAGCGACAGGAGCACCUCGCUGCUGCCUCCACAAUUGCUUCGCUCGCCGCCCGCCUCCGCGAGGCCCGUGCUGCAGCAAGCCCCCUUGACAGGGCCGCUGCCGUCGCUGAACUCAAGACCUUCCUGAUCGAUCCUGACAGAUCUGGAUCUGGUCAAGACGACCCGGUCGUAUUUGGGCUCCUCAGGAGCGACUGGGAGCAACUUGUCGACGAGCUGCAAGUGGGGCUUGGGAAGAAUGUGGAGGAGUGUGUGGAAUUUGCGCCAGAGGGAGGUAAGGUGGUGGUGAGGGCUACUCCGAGAGGUCACUCCGGUGGAAGUCAUGGUGUUGAGCUUCCUGUUGCCCUGCAGGCAUUGGAGACUAUUGAUGCCCUAGGCUAUGGGAUGGCAAAAAUAGCAGACAAGAUGAUGAAACAUAUUCUGGUUCCAGCAAUCAGUAACAUACAGGUGUCAGUGACUGAGGAAGGUGGUCCAGAACACUCUGUAUCAGUCUUGAGUGUAGCCCCUUCUGAGGAAAUAAAAGACAAUAAAGAUGGUUCAAAUCUGUACUCAAGAAUAAUUGAUGUCAUCAAGUUUGUGUGCAAAUUCAUUUGCAUGGAAAAUAGCAAGUGGGUUCAGUCUUUUGCAAAGUUAACCUGGCCAAGAAUUUCUGAUCUGGUUAUCACACACUUUCUCUCCAAGGCUGUACCCAAUGAGGCAUCCAAGCUAAUUGAGUUCCAAGAUGUCGUGCGAAGUACAGCUGAAUUCGAGAACAAACUUAGGAGCAUGAUGUUUCUUUCGCCUGAUAGAAAGGAUGGCAAGUUGACCCAAUUUGUUGAUGAUGUUGAAGUUCAUUUUGCUGUACGGAAGAGAGGUGAGAUCUUGGUGAAAGCAAGGAACAUUCUUGUACAAUGUGAUUAUGAUAGUCGUCUGGAAUCUGGUGACCAAGGUGAUUCUGUUGUUGAUCUACUUUUUCAGCCAGAGAAGUGUUUUACAUCUAAAUCGGCACUUCUAGUAAUGAAAUUGGUUCAUGGAGCCCUCAAGGAUGCAUCUUUGUCAUCAGCAAGAGUAGCUAAGGAGUUCUGCUUUGCUGCUAGGGAUGUUUUGCUCCUUUAUAAGGCUAUUGUGCCAGUUCAGCUAGAGAAACAAUUUGAUAGCUUAAGUCAAGUGGCUGCUAUUGUUCACAAUGAUUUCUACCAUUUGUCCCAAGAAAUUCUGGGCCUUGCAUUUCAGUAUCGUGCAGAUUUUCCUAGUGAUCUACAGAAACAGGUUGUUUUUGUGGAUUUAGCCCCAAUCUUCUCCCAGAUGGCAGAUGCUGUAUUGAGAAGACAAAUACAACUCGCUGUUGAUACUAUAAGUGAGGCUAUAGAUGGCGCUGAAGGUUUUCAGAACACACACCAACCUCAGCAUUAUGAGUCAGCAAAAUUUAGUAUCGAGCAGGUCGUGUUUAUUUUGGAAAAGAUACGCAUCAUGUGGGAAUCGAUACUGCCAAGAUCAACUUACAGGAAAAGUAUGUGUCACGUCCUUGGGUCUGUCUUCUCAAGAAUUACAAGGGAUAUGCUUCUGAUAGAUGACAUGGCAGCAGAAGAGACAUUGCAGCUUCAAGGCCUUAUCCAUUUGGCUCUGGAAAACCUCUCUUCACUAUUUCUUUCCCUGGUUGAGAACGAUGAUGACAGCACAAAGUUCUUAGACCAUGACACUUGGAUUCAGUUGGAUGGAAUUAUACCCUCUUUGAAAAAGUUCCGCAAGCUUGCAGAGUUGCUUGAUAUGUCAUUGAAGUCCAUCACAUCAUGUUGGGAAAGUGGAGACCUAGCUAGAUGUGGUUUCACAUCAUCUGAGGUGCAAAAUUUCAUCAAAGCAAUAUUUGCCGACUCGCCUCUUAGGAAGGAGUGCCUAGGAUGGAUUGUUAGGACGCCAGCUUAG